AUGGCCACGACGCCAUUACAGGUCGAAGCUUGGACGGAGUACGCUAUUGGCAUGACCGUUCUUCUCGGUCGAACUGCCUACAGAAUACAUGUCGUGGGAUGGAACUGGCAUGGGGAUGACUACUUCGCUAUUGCGGCCGUAUUUUUCUUAACUGGCGAAACUGCCAUGCUUGAAAUGAUAGGACAAUGGGGAUCCAUUGUGGGCAUGACCGACGACAUGGCCCUCUCCCUAACACAAGCAGAGAAGAAACGUAUCGUUAAGGGCUCCAAAGCUGACAUGGCCGGAUGGUGUCUCUACAUCACGCUUAUAUGGUGCCUGAAAGCAUGCAUGCUCUUCUUCUACCGCAGGCUUACGUGGGUGAUGCAGCUCUUUUUCUUGCUGAGUCUUGGUGCCGACCCAGACAAUUGUGGUAGUCCGAAUCAAGUAUUUUUCACCUUGCUCGUGACGAAUGUGUCUACGGAUUUACUUAUCCUCUACAUCCCGCUACCACUCCUGUGGAUUGUGCAGCUUCCAUGGUCCAAGAAACUGGUCUAUGGGCUUUGGCUCACCACCGGUAUUUUUGUCAUCGUUGCAAGUCUUUUGCGAUGCGUUCUGUCUAUAAAGGAUGCAACCAGGGUAGAUAUUUCAACCAUAUGGGCAAUUCGCGAGACAUUUGUGGGCAUCAUUUCUGUGAACGCGCCGAUUUUGGGACCGUGGAUUAUUAGGAAAUGCACAAUAAUAGUCCACAGCAUAUCAUCCAAGGAUCGGUCCAAGAGCGACAUUGGGAACAGGGAGAUUUCCAUUGUAACCAUUGGUCGCCAAAGCCACCGGCUUGAGCAAAGGAAAUGGGAUAGCCAGAAACACGUUCCUCAAGGCUGGGCGACAAUCAACGACAGCGAGGAAUACAUUAUGGAUAAUCCGGGGCCGUUUAAUGGCAAUGGAUGA